AUGGUAGAAAGGCUCCCGGGGGUAGCUCCUCUUAUUCGAAGGAGUAAUCAAGGGUUAUAUUCCGAUACACCUUUCGUGGAAGAGAUUGCUUCAGUGGAGAUGCCACGAAAGUUCUCUUUCCCGAGUAUAAAGAUGUAUGAAGGUACCGGGAAUCCCGACAAUCAUAUCGCCCAGUACAAGCAAGGCAUUCUAGCAGUAGCAAUCCCUCAGGAUGCACGGGAAGCUACCAUGUGCAAGGGAUUCGGAUCAACCUUGACCGGCCUUGCUCUUCAGUGGUAUAUCAACUUGCCUACCAAGUCCAUCAAAUCCUUUGCAGCCCUUAGCGAUAAGUUCGUAGAGCAGUUCGCCAGCAGUCGAGACCUAGAGAAAAACUUGGAUGAUCUCUAUGAAAUCCUCCAGCAUAGGAACGAGCCCCUUUGUUCCUACAUAGCGCGCUUCAACCAAGCGAAGGUGGCUAUCCCUGAGUGCAACGCCGAUACGGCUAUCUCAGCCUUUAAGCGAGGUCUACUUCCGGAGGGAGAUCUCUACAAGGAGCUGAUCAAAUACGAGUGCAUGAUUAUGAAAGACGUACUAUCUCGUGCUUGGGCUCAAGUAAGGUCGGAGGAAGACGUUGCUAGUAUGGCCAAAGCCGGUCCGAAGUACGAUCAGAAGUCAUCAAAGCCUACUAGGAAUGACCGCGAUGAGCCCUCUCACCCCAAGUCCGCUAGGGAGACUAGUAACCCGAACAGGGGCAGGUACCAACAUCGACCUUUGCCUAGAUCCGAGGGAAUGAUGGUAUAUACUUGGUCUGAUAUCUCUCAUCUUGCGAUAUCCAAACCGGAACUGAUCGGUGUCCUACGACAAAUGGGUCCUCAAGUCAAGUGGCCUCCUAAGAUGAAGGCAGCAUAG